UCAUUGUCAAAACUGUGUUUACUACUUACGAUCAUGAAGUUUUAUUAUUUUCUCGCAAAAUUAAAAUAAUUUCUUGAUUAUAUGAUACUAUAGAAGUUUUAAUUGGUGUAAUAUACUCUGUUUAUUAUAUACUAGUGAUUUUAAUUUCUAGAAAUGGCCGUUUAUGCGGCUCAUUUGACAAGGACUCUCCAGGGUACACCUUCGAUCUUCCAGGUCACUGCACAAGAAGCCCUAGGGUCCACUGUAAAGCCUGCCCUCAGGAAACUAGUUGAAUACCUAGCCGCAGCAUAUCCUAACAAGUGUGGCUGGUGCGAGCGCUGGUACGACGAGCUGUACCUGCUGUUUGACUGCUGUCUGCAGUACCACUACCUUAAACAUUAUGCGGCCUCCUUCUCCGAGAGUUUCUAUGGGCUGCUCCGCGUGCCGACGUCGGCCAGCGGCAGCGAGUUCUCCUCCGGCCAGAGGCUGGCGCCGGCGCUGGAGCAGGGGUCGCUGGCCUUGCUGGUGCUGCUGCCGUACCUGAGGGACAAGGCUGAGGCUCUCGUGGACAGGUGGAGGGAGCGGGACGAGGACGGCAAGUUGGGAAAGAACAAGGCGGACCGCCUCCGCAAAGCAGCCAUCCGCGUGUACGGCAUCAUGCACAUGGCGGUGUCACUGGUCAGACUGGCGCAGUGGGCCGCGUACCUCACCCACGCGGCCAAGAGUCCCGUGCCCCAACUCGCUCUCUUAGGUCUGUCGUUGAAGCACGCGCCGCCGCGGCCGCCACAGCCUGACGAGAACACCUGGACCGACUUCUUUAGGAGUUUGCUGACUGGACGAAUAGGGAGCGCGGUGAUAACGUUCCCAAUGGUCGGGGGCGCGGCGCUGCGGGCCGUUGAGUAUGGCGCCUUCGCGGUGCAGUUCCUGCGCUGGUGGGAGUCCAGUGCUGGAGCCAGCGCGGCCAGCCUGCCCCCCCCGCCGGCCCCACAGCGCGAGGAAGGCUGCGCACGCGUCGCCAACCGCUGCCCGCUGUGUCGCCGCGCCUGGCGCGUGCCCACCGCGCUGCCUGUCUCGGGGUACAUCUUCUGCUACGUGUGUAUAUCGCGGCACGUGCGGACACACCACGCGUGUCCCGUCACGCGCUGUCCCGUCGCUGACCACGAGCUCGUGAGGCUCUACAUCGACUGAACGACCUGGGGCGCUGGGGCACUGGGGCACUGGGGCGCCGGGAGAUAGGUAGAUAGGUGAACUCUAUUGCACCAUUCACAGAAGGUACAUGAUGGUCCUCCGCACGUAACUGUACGUCACAACCAGAUCUAGAUUAUAGCGUUGUCGAGAGGAGGGCUUAUCAUUACUUAUUAACACUCAUUUUAUACAUACUACUAUAAAUAUAUACAACUACCAGGUAAUAAACUAAAAAUGAGCCCAAAUUUGGUUGAAAAUUUGCUCCAGCCAACUUUUUUAGAAAGAAAAGAAAGAAAGUAUUUAUUUGCAUUGAAUGGGUACAAAAUUGUUGUUUUGUGUUUUAAAAUGUGUUUCAUACAUUCAGCCUAUUUGGCAUACAAAUAUAAAAGUAUCUUAAAUAAUCAUACCGUAAUUAUAUUAAAAAUAUAUAAUUUAUAAAAGGUCCAACUCCAAGGCAAAGAACGUUUGUGUUGAGCUCACGAAUGUGGUCUUUUUUAAUAACUAUUUUAUUCAUCUUCCCGUAUUCCCGGGAUUACGCUGACAUCAAACUACUUGUGGUAAAAAAAUUAACCACAAAAUUUUGUAGAACCGGCCCCCUGACGUUAAUCCUUAUUGAUUACAUACCUGUACCAUUGUUGCCUAUUAUACCUGCUAAGUGUUUAGUCGCCUCGUACGACAUCCACAUGAUCAGCUAUAGUGAAAUGACCUCACUCGAUCAGUGGCGCCAGCUAGCGAGCGUGAUACUCUCCGUAUACUAUAUGCAUUUGUUAGUAGAAUUUACCAAUGAUAAAACACUAUUAGGAUAAGCAUUACAAUCAUAAUGCUAAUUAUAAUAAAUUAUAAAUUUACGGGUCAAAUAGAUUUUAGUAAGUUAAAUAGCAAAUACUCGUAGUCUUUGAGACUGAGACUACUCCCAUUGCUAUUUGUAUGUAUAUAACACGAUCUCGCAAAAUAAAGAGACGAACACGUGAUAUAUAAUUAAAAUUGGCAAAAUAAUCAGAACUGAUUUAGCCGUAACGUAAAUAAUAAGUGAUUAGGACCUAUAACUGUGAAACUAUAUUAUUUUGAUAGAUAUUCAUAAUUUAAUGUCAAUUAUAAUACUUAUAUGUAGUUAAUCUACGAUGUAAUAUUGAUGUGAUAUGAAGUUAUUGUAUAUUGGUGAUGGUGGGACGUGUGAUAAGACCUAGACGAGUGGUUCGCAGAGUUCGUUGCGACCGCUGCGGCUGCGCGGUCAUUACAAUCCGUCAAUUUUCUUGAGGAAGGAAUCAUUUCCAAAAUCGAUCAUUCAUAAAAUUAAAAUAUAGUAAAACUCAAUCUUGUCUUUGUUAAAAUUUGAAAAAUUGUAAUGACAGCGCGUCCGCAGCGGUCGCGACGCUCUGCGAUGCGAACCACCCAGAUACACAUUGCACGGAGUUGUUGAACCAGUGACAGUGAUCAUUAAAUUUACAAUUAUAUAGGCCACACAGAAGUGUCACAAAUGCGCAUUAUUAUUGCAAAUGAAUCUGAAUUCCCGCUCAAUUUAAAUGUACAUUGUACAAUAUUGUAGCUACCUAUAGGUACAUUAUCAUAGUACAUUGUUUUAGUGAUCGUGAACCGUAGACGGGUUUUCUACUUCCUAUAUUAUUCUAAAUUCUAUGCUUCACAUAGACAAUUAAUACUAAUGAUAUUAUAACUAAAGGAUAGGUUGGUUUGUGGGAUAGUGUCUGCCAAACUCGCCAUAUUAUAUUAUAUUUAUAAGUGUUGAUUUUUGUUAAUAUAUUUAAUACUUAAAGUAUUGUGCAAUUGUAACGAAUUUAGGUCUGCGGGAAUGGUUAAUGGGUGUACUUAUUUAAGUAGUAGCUACGUAUUUAUUAUAAUGUAGCGGUCAUACGGUGAACUGAUUAAUUUUAUUUAUUUAUUUUAAGAUCUUCAAAUAAAAUAUUUUGUUUUACGGAAAUAA